AAUUAUGGGUUGACGGUAAUAUGUUUAUAAGAUAUAAUACGAAUCGUUCUGCUAAUUUGAUACGGAAACCCCUUCUGAAGCAUAUAACACUGUAGGAAAUAUAUAAUUGGGCUCUCAACAUUUCUCGAAUAUAUGAGUAUCGAACUCCGGUAUAAAAUACACAUUAUAUAAGCUAUUAAACUCAUACAUACAUACAUGAUACAUACAUGCAUACUUACGUACACGCGGACAUACACAAAAAAGUACUUGUUUGUGUAGAUGCAAAGAAAUGUUUCUGUAGCAAGAUAUUUAAGAAUUACCCAUACUUGGAUCAGAAUGGAAUCUCGAGUUUUGAUUUUUUUUAUCUCACUCUUUUUCUCUAUGUUCGCGAAAAAUUCUUGUCAAGUGCCACCCGACCCUAGAUCCGAAUCCUUAAGCCCCAUCAUUAUACUGCCAGCCUCGUCCGGAAUCUCAUACGAAUCGCUUCACUAUCCAGCGCCCGUGGAUCAGCAGUAUCAGGUAAUACCACUAGUGAUAAACACGGGGAAAAUACCUUUGAUAAAUCACGCGGUCCAAGCGCCGAUACAAUACUUUGUACCGAACAGCGAAAACCGACAGACACAAUAUUCGAAAGCUCGAGACGAACAUCUGCCACUGGGUAAACCGGAGACAGCAAUAUUAUAUUCAAAUUAUGAGCAAACCGAAAAUCGACCGACGUACGAUGGCAAUAAUUAUCCGUCUACUGCAACUGCUACAGUUUACUCAGAAACGCGUGUCGAUGGUCUACCGGCAUCGCGGCGGUACAGUUACGGCUACAAAAUAGUCGACGGCCACGUUGGCGAUUCGAAUGACCGACAUGAUAUACCAAUGAUUGUCGGCGGUGACGGGCCAGCAAGCUAUAAUAAUUUAUCAGGACCAGACGAAACGGAUAGUGUUUUCGAACGAGCGAUCGACCUGGGUGUCGAAUCGCAGGUCAACAGACGGAAGCCGGAAGAAUCCGAUGACCGGCGGGAUGAUGCACAAGACAAUAUUUCCAGAGCUUUAAAACCGAUAGUAGUUAAGACAGAGAUGAAUACGACAAAAAGAGAACUGAAAAAAUAUUACAAGAAGAUAACGAAUCCAGAAACGCCCGUUCAUAGUGACCAAAAAAAUGGAAAAUUGACAACAAUAAAUCCCGCACAACGGUAAAACUGUCAGCCAAAUAAAAUUUGGUGGUGGAACAAUGGCGACCAUACAAACGAAAAUAAUAAUAUUUUAGUAUAAUAUUUUUUUUUUUUUAACAUUUAUUAGAAUAUAUACAAUCUGUAAUAAAGGUUACAAUAAGCAUAUGGGCUAAAAUACAAUUGUUGUGAAUUCGUGAGGUGAGUAGCAACCCAGCGGUAACACUCGACAUGAUAUUAGUAUAAUAUAAGUACGAUUAAUGUAUUAGUUUUACAAUAUUUUAUUGUUAGUGUUAGGUAUUUCAGUAUUUGUAAUAAUUAGAUUACCU